GCAAACUGAGUGCAUGAAGGAUGGACCGAGCAUUCGUGAAGGUCGCUAGCGCACUUGACCAAGGCGAGAAACUGGGCUGACGUAUGUUACCGUUGACCUAUUGUCUGACCUGACAAGGACAUGUUGGCCCUGUAGGAAUGGACAAAAGUGCCUGAGGGAUAAUAACAGUUUAGAGCUAGAACAUGGAUAUGGGCUGUACUCAGCUGUACCCCCUCCCAUCCCUGUAGUGAUGCAUCUAUUUGUCACUACUUUGCAUGUGAAGACUGUCCCAGUAGGGCAGCCCUGCGUCAGCAGGGAUUGAAGUGCCGAUAGACACUUUGCUGAGAGAAGCACGUACCUGUGGAUAGACUAGUUCAAGCAGAGUGAGGUCACCCACAGCUGGAUAGCUGAGUUGAGACCAAGCAGAACCACUACAAUCAUGGAGCCCAGAAAGCUUCAGACACAUCUAGUAUGUGGCUGAUGUUGCUGUGCAAAACAGGCAAUGGUGAAAAUGUCACUCCAUGGUGAGGGCUGGGGAGGCUGGCUCCUGUGCUACACCUAUGCUGUGUGUAAACAAACGUGUGACUUGAGGCAGGACUCCAGAGGAGACUAUGGUCGUUGAGGUCAGGAGUUCUGCCAGCUUAUCGAGGCUUUGUGCUAGGUGUGCUGAUUCUUCCCAACAGAUGGCGCCAAGGGGGUAUCCACUGCUAAUUGCUUGGUGUGAUGCCCUGAGGCACCGCGUUGCUUGUGAGCGGACUGUCUGUCCCAGGGUCGGAGCUGCAGGAGAAGGCUGAGACUUCUUGGGGAUCCUCCAGUUCUGUGAGGGAGGACUCCUAGUGACGACCUGGGUGAAUGUGGGCUUCUGGGGAUUCAGCACUUGCUUCUGGGGAUUCAGGGCUUGCUUCUGUGGUAACAGGGAGCCCAGCGCCUCACUCUCCUUUUCUUAGAAUUUAACCUGGCCUGGUGGGAUCGAUCUGUCCAUUCAGGUAGGGCAGCGCAUCUGAUUGCCUUCGAAGAAAGGUCAGUUAUUGACUCCUGCACUACCUCUUCAGUCUGGCUGGGUAGCGCAAACUGAGCAGAGGAGAAAUUCUUCUGUGGCAUAAUCCAUCUGCUGGUCAAAGGGUGCUGCCUAAUGUGGCAAGAGACAUGCCGUCGUCCUCGCAUCCGGAUUCUUCGGCAUUAAUGUCCACCCCCUGGUAAAAGUGGGGAUUCUCUGAAUCAGCCUGAAGCGCAGACUGAGGGGAUGUCUAAAGUAGCUUCUCCCUCUGGGACUUCGUUGUCAACUGAGUUGUCCUCAUACUUUCCAUGUACUUCGUGUCCUUAGACAUGAAGUACAUGGAAAGAGUUCAGCUGAGCGCAAUGCACAUAACUAGCGGGGUCGAUGGGAGCCUCCAUAGCGUCCCGGACGUGUAAUGCCUGCAGUUGCCAGGGUGAGCGUUGCUAGGCUUUUGCUGCUUUUUCUCCCCUUUCCCUGACGACUUGGCCGGUAAGCCUGUUGGACAUUGCGUUUCAACAGGACGGACAAAAGCAAAUGGAAUUACCGGGGGGCUAGCUACCCACUCCACGCGCUGCUCCUACAAUGGGGAAUUUGGGAGAGACACUGGGUAAUGUGAGCUUGAGCCAGGUACGACUCCAAGUUCAGAGUGUGGACAGACCUCUGUACCGCGGCACAUAUCAUUGCUUCCAGUCUAUCGUAAGGCAAGAGUCGAUGACGGGUCUGUACAAAGGCAUUGGCUCCCCCAUGAUGGGUCUGACGUUCAUUAACGCCAUCGUGUUCGGUGUCCAGGGCAACGCCAUGCGCAGGCUGGGCCACGAUACACCGCUCAACCAGUUCCUGGCCGGGGCGUCGGCGGGCGCGUUGCAGAGCGUCAUUUGCUGCCCCAUGGAGCUGGCCAAGACACGCAUGCAGCUGCAGGGGUUGGGUGAGAGGAAGUCCAAGCAGAAGCUGUACAAGAACUCUCUGGACUGCCUGGUGCGCAUCUACCGGAAGGAGGGCUUCCGCGGUAUCAACCGGGGUAUGGUGACCACGUUAGUCCGCGAGACACCGGGUUUCGGGAUCUACUUCCUGACCUACGAUGUACUGACGCGCUCUCUGGGCUGCGAACCCGAUGACCCCUACAUGAUCCUCAAGUUGCUGUUUGCCGGAGGCAUGUCGGGCAUCACCUCGUGGAUCUCCACCUACCCUGUGGAUGUCAUAAAGUCCCGGCUCCAGGCGGACGGCGUGGGCGGCCACAACAAGUACAGUGGCAUUGCUGACUGUGUGCGUCAGAGCCUGAAGCGGGAGGGCUGGCGGGUGUUCACGCACGGCCUCACCUCCACACUGCUCCGGGCGUUCCCCGUCAACGCCACAACCUUCGCCACCGUGACUCUGUUCCUCAUGUACAUGCGAGACGAUGAGGGCGCCGUCAAUGACUGCGAGCCCCAGCCUGCCCACUCCUCUCUCACUGUGAGCCCACAGCAGGCCCAGCCCUCAAGCUUGUGAAUGGGAGAAGGUGGUGUUUCUGCUCUGGUGACCCUCAUUGGGUUGGAAUUGGUCCCACAAUGCACCAGCUAAUAAGCUGAUGUGACUUGACCGCUCAACGUCAGCUUCACGAAGGCUAUUUUUACAAGAUUUAUGUAUGUUCAGAUGGUAAACCGCGCUUGUAAAUACUUGUCCCAUUUUGACCCCUGGUUUUGUACAGAGUACACUUUUUAAAUCUUUAAAAAUAAUUGAGUCUUUUUGAGAACUAAUUGGGGAAAGAAACUAGCAGUGAAAAAGCAUGUCUGACCUAGUCAUCCCUUAUGCUUGUACAGUGGGGCAAAAAAGUAUUUAGUCAGCCACCAAUUGUGCAAGUUCUCCCACUUAAAAAGAUGAGAG